AUGGCCACGACCUAUAGGCCGCGCGUGUUUCUCGACAUCAGUAUCGGCGCAGAGCCGGUGGGCAGACUCACAGUCGAGCUGUUCACGGACAAGACGCCUCGCACUGCUGAGAACUUCCGCCAGCUCUGCACCGGCGAACACAAUGGCCUCUCAUAUGCCAAGGUGCCUCYGCAUCGUAUCAUCGACGACUUCAUGGUGCAAGGUGGGGACAUCGAGUCCGGCGACGGAACAGGAGCACAGAGCAUCUAUGGAGCUGAGUUCGAGGACGAGAACCUCAACUGGCGCAAGUUGGAUGCUGCUGGUCUGAUAUGCUCAGCCAAUCGAGGAAAAGAUACCAACGGCAGCCAGUUCUUCAUCACGCUCGACGCAUGCCCGCAUUUGGACGGAAAACACACCAUCUUCGGUCGGCUUGUGUCCGGCGAGCAUGUCCUCCAGCAGAUUGCAAAGGUCGAAGUAGAUGAGGCAGACCACCCGCUGGAGCCGGUCUUGAUUUCACGCUGUGGGGAGCUUGCACGAAAGGAUAAGGGGAAGGCGAAGCGUGAUUCACAGCAGGAGAUUGCUGGGCCUACUACACCCGGGACCGACGAGCGAGGCCGUCGGCGGCAGAGCGACCUGUCGGAUGAUGAGAUGAGUGCCGUCCCACAGCCGGCACAGAGACGCACUCGGCGGCAGAGCGACAAUACUGUGGACGAAGGCAAGCGAGGCAGACCGCGCAUACGCUCUCGCUCUCGCUCUGAUAACUCACAAGCCCUGGAGGAAGUCGACGAGCCUAAUUCUGACCACUCAUCAGUCAAGAUGCACAAGCGCAAACGCAGCCAAUCUCCGAGCAGACGCCUGGACAGACGCUCGGAUGGCGCAGAAGCGGAGCGUCGGAGGAAGAGUCUUCCCAAUCAGUACAACAACCAUCGCACGCGCGAUCGUGAGCGGAACCACGGGCCCGACGACGAGGACAGGUAUCGACCAAGCCCGCGGAGGGACAACCAGCGGUAUCCGGGACGCCAGAACGACAACACUCGCCAUCGGUCGCGCUACGCUGACGAAGGCAGACUCGCCAACGAAGGUGAUGAUGGACGACUCGAUAGCGGAGACUCCUACGACGAUCAGGCGCAUGCGGUCAAGUACAAAGGCCGGGGAGCGAUGAAGUUCCGGGAAUGGUGA